CAUCGUUAUAAUCGAAACACACCAUCACCUCAAUUCUCUCUUCGUUAACAUUACAAAUUUACAAUCUCUUCAUCUUUCUUCAUUAGAUCACAAAACUUCACUAUAACCUAACAUGGCAACGAGUCAUCCUGAUCCAACCACCUCUCGCCACGUGGCAGUAAUCGGAGCCGGAGCCGCUGGACUCGUAGCUGCUCGUGAGCUACGUCGUGAAGGCCACUCAGUAGUCGUCUUAGAGCGCGGGAGCCAAAUCGGAGGCGUGUGGGCUUACACCUCUCAAGUCGAACCAGACCCGCUUAGCCUCGACCCGACCCGACCCGUCGUCCACUCAAGCCUCUACAGAUCCCUACGUACCAACAUCCCUCGAGAAUGCAUGGGCUUCACCGACUUCCCUUUUGCGACCCGACCACACGACGGGUCAAGGGAUCCGAGAAGACAUCCGGCUCAUACUGAGGUUCUUGCUUACCUGCGAGACUUUGCUAAAGAAUUCGAUAUCGAGGAAAUGGUUAGGUUCGAGACGGAGGUUGUUAAGGCGGAGCAGGUGGCGGCAGAGGGGGAGGAGAGAGGGAAGUGGAGGGUUGAAUCGAGAAGCUCCGAUGGUGUUGUCGACGAGAUAUACGACGCCGUUGUGGUUUGUAACGGACACUAUACCGAGCCUCGUCAUGCUCUUAUCACUGGCAUAGAUUCAUGGCCAGGCAAGCAGAUUCACAGCCACAAUUACCGUGUUCCUGACCAAUUCAAAGAUCAGGUGGUGAUAGUGAUCGGAAGCUCUGCGAGUGGAGUUGAUAUAUGCAGAGAUAUAGCGCAGGUCGCGAAAGAAGUCCACGUAUCAUCUAGAUCAACUUCACCGGAUACUUACGAGAAGCUUACCGGUUACGAGAAUCUAUGGCUUCACUCAACGAUUCAAAUUGCCCGCGAAGACGGUUCGGUGGUUUUCGAGAAUGGAAAGACAAUUUACGCGGAUACCAUCAUGCAUUGUACCGGGUACAAGUAUUACUUCCCGUUUCUUGACACGAAAGGUGAGGUGACUGUUGACGAUAAUCGUGUUGGACCGUUGUAUAAGCAUGUUUUUCCUCCAGCUCUUGCCCCCAGCCUUUCGUUCAUCGGCUUACCAUGGCAGGUUAAUAAUCUUUAUAAUGUUUAUGAUCUGGCUUCUGUGAAUACAUUUGCUGCUUUUAUUGCAUAUGAUCUCAUUGUUUGGUUGAGGUGCACACAAAAAAAAAAAAAAAAAAAAAGAUCUCAUUGGUUUAACUUGGUUUCUUAGAUCACUCCCUUUCCGAUGUUUGAGCUUCAAAGCAAGUGGGUCGCAGCGGUCUUGUCCGGCCGAGUAUCUCUCCCAUCGCAAGACGAGAUGAUGGAAGACACUAAGGCAUUCUACGAUAAGCUAGAAGCCUCGGGAAUUCCCAAAAGAUAUACACAUUUGAUGCCAGAUGACUCUCAGUUUGAAUACGACAAUUGGCUUGCGGAUCAAUGUGAAUAUCCCCGGAUAGAGAAAUGGAGAGAACAAAUGUUUUACAUCGGUUUCAAGAGAAUAUAUGCACAAUCCUCUACAUAUAGAGAUAAUUGGGACGAUGAUCAUCUCAUCGUAGAAGCAUACGAUGAUUUCGUCAAAUUCAUGUCAAGUUAUCAAGAACUUUUGCCGAUGCUCAAAACCUAAUGAUAAUUGACGUGGGAGUUUUGUUAUGCGAAAAUGAUGGUUGGGUAUAUAUAUAUAUAUAUAUAUAUGUUAUGUAAUUGUAAGUGUGUCUUGUGGUUGCUGUGUUUCAGAAUGUGAAAAAGUAGAGUUAUAGUCUUAAAAGGAAUGUAUAACAAUAAUGUUUGGAAUGAUUUUAUAAAGGUAUGUAAAUAAUGCGAUGAGACUUUCAUUAGCGAAAAAAGCAAAUUUCCCAUUUGCAUGAUUGUGCACUCAUCAUCCAUGACGUCAGUGUGCACUUGUAACUUUCUGAAGACGACUUGACUUGUUUGCUGUGUUACACGGAC